UGCCAGUUAUUAGGUGAGAUACUAAACGCACUUGAAGCAAGCAUGUUGAAAAUAUUUUUGUACGCAAUUCUUUGGAAUUGUUUGUUCGCUGCAAUUGUUGCUGGGGAGCAAUCAGAAGAAAGAAUACUCGAAUGUAAAAUUGGUUCAGGACGUAGAAUUAAAAGAAGCGUUGAUAGUCCAUCACUCACCAUAUGCGAACCAUCGCCAGGUGAACCUCUAAGUUCAGCAUGGGAAACUAUAAUAAUUCCUCAAGACAGACAAUAUGUAUCAACACUAAAUGCAAUAUCAUGCAAUCUAAAUCGUGUUGAAGACCUGGACCAUUUCUAUUGCUACUUAGAACUGGAAAAAAUUGUUCUAAUCGACUUAAAGUUAACAAAAUUUAAUCUACUAUUCGUGUCAAAUAAUCCACGUCUGCGUACGCUUAUUCUUGAUGAUAAUCCAAUAGAAUCACUUGAAAAUGACGCAGAAAUAACGCUUGAACAUUUAAGUAUGAAGAAUACCAGUUUGACAAACCUACCGAAUUCAUCAUUGAAAAUAUUCCAACAUCUUAAAACCUUAAAUAUAACCGGACGUAAUUUUAAAGAUACACAUGAUAAAGUGUGUAUAAAAUUGGAGCACCUUGAGAUGUUUAAUGGUGUACCAUGUCACCCAACUUUAACUCCGACUGAUCAAACAAUUUUGAUUGAAGUACCUGAAGGAAAUCCCGAAAAAAGACAAAAUUCUCUCGGUACAAAAUUACGACCUAUGAGUAUUAUGAUUGUUUUAAUAACAUCUAUUUGUCUGCUCACACCUGGAUAUACAAAGAAAUGGGCAUGUUUGAUUAUACUACUUGCUUGUACAUACUAUACUAAUGCAGUGACAUUAUUUGAUCAACAAGAAAUCAUCGAUAAAACCGACUUGCAUUUCGAGUCUUUUGGAAUCAGAGGACUAGAUGAUCUUGAAUUUACAUCUUUGCCAGCGUUAACACAUCUGUAUUUAAGUAAUAAUAGUUUAACUCGAUUAAAUAUUCAAUCUGAAAGCUUGACAUACCUGGAUGUAAAAAACAAUGAAAUCCAAGAUGUACAAAAUUAUGAUUUUAACGGCUUACCAAACUUGAAAGACCUUUUUCUUUCUGGAAAUGCUAUUAAAGAAAUCAACUGGAAUCUGGACUUUAAUACACCUAACAUCAAAAGGAUUGAUUUAUCGCACAAUCAUGGAUUGCGUAAGUGAUGGAGGCUUGCAAGGCAUUUGCAAACAAAAUUCACGGUUUUCUUUUAAAAUUACAUUUAUACGGAAAGAGAAUGGCACCGUUGACUUUCACAAGUGCGAAGCUAUUUUUAAAGAGGAAAAGAAGCAAGAAAAAGUAACAAAAUCUGAAAAAUUUACUGAUUAUACUGAAGAACAAAACGAGACUGAAAAUAAUUUUGUCGGUUGUGAGUACACUACAUUAAGAGUAAAUAUAGAUGAUAUUGUUAUAAGUAUGAAGGCGUACUACAAUCUUCACUUAACUUUUGGGUCUUUAUUCACAUACGCAAUAGGAUUGAGCUGUAGUCUCAUCUACUUCACGCUUAAAUUACGCGGUAUAUACAAAAACGGAAAUAUUUCUAUUGAUUUAUUUAUUGAUGCCAAAUCUUCAAAGGCAGGAAUUUCGGUUACUUCUACGCGAAAAUUACCAAACACUUCUUCUAUACAAAUGAAUGAUUUUACUAAAAUUAAGAAA